UUAGUUUAAUCCCUCAAAAAAAAAUGUUUAAUCACAGUCACCAGAGUGCUUCACUCCAGUUGGGGAAACACAGAAAUUAGGGUUUUGAAAUUUCUCCAUCAGAACCAACGCCAAUGGAAAUCGCCACCGCCCGCAACCACGUCUCCAAGCGCAAACGAGCCGUCGCUGACGAUGACGAUGAUUCAACCUUCCUCGAGCCGCCGCCACCACCCGCGGCCCUAAACGGCGGCGUCGACCUCUCCCUCCUCGAAGCCGUUGAGAGAUCCCAGAACGCUAUCGAAGUCGUCGACCACCGCACCGUCAAGAAGCUGGUCCUCUCCUUCGAGCGCCGCCUCCGCGACAACAUCGAAGCCCGCCUCAAGUACCCCGAUCAACCCGACAGGUUCGCAGACUCCGAACUCGAGCUCCACGAAGAGAUCGAGAAGCUCAAAAUCCUCGCCGGCGGGCCAGAUCUCUACCCGGAGCUCGUUAACCUCAACGCUAUUCCGUCGAUUCUCGGUCUCUUGCACCACGACAACGCCGACAUUGCCACUGACGUCGUCGGAUUGCUCCAAGACUUGACCGAUGAAGACGUGUUGGAGGACAACGACGAGCCCGCCCAAAUCCUCGUCGAUGCGCUCAUCGAGAACAACGUUCUCGAAUUACUGGUUCAGAAUCUCCUUCGAUUAUCGGAAACCGAUCCCGAUGAGAUGGCCGCAGUGUAUAAUACACUCGCAACGAUCGAGAAUUUGAUUGAAGUGAAGCCGACUGUGGCCGAGAUGGUGUGCGAGAGGACCAAAUUGAUGAGGUGGUUAUUGGGCAAGAUUAAGAUUAGAGAGUUUGAUGGUAACAAGCAGUAUGCUUCGGAGAUUUUGGCCAUUUUGUUGCAGAAUAGUGCGGCGAAUCAGAAGAGGUUGGGGCAAAUGAACGGCGUCGAUGUGGUGUUGCAGGCGGUGGCGCUGUACAAGUCUAGGGACCCGAGGACACCGGACGAGGAGGAGAUGGUGGAGAACUUGUUUGAUUGCUUGUGUUGUUUGUUGAUGCCUUUGGAGAACAAGGAGAGGUUUGUGAAGGCUGAAGGAGUGGAAUUGAUGAUUAUUAUUAUGAACCAGAAGAAAUCAUGCUAUGGCUCUGCAAUUCGGGCUCUUGAUUUUGCAAUGACAAAGUAUCCGCCGGCCUGUGAACGUUUUGUGGAUAUGAUGGGAUUGAAGACUGCUUUUCCUGCUUUCAUGGGUAAGAUUCCCAUUAACAAGAAGAACAAGAAAAGACGCUACAAAGAAGAGCUGGAAGAGCGCCUUUUAUCACUAAUUGCAUCAUUAUUUGGUGGAAUUUUAAGGGGUUCCAGAAGAGAGAGAUUGUUAAGUAAAUUUGUGGAGAAUGAGUGUGAAAAGAUAGACCGGCUUAUGGAGCUCUAUAUGAGAUAUUCUAAUAGAGUGAAAUCAGAGACUGAACGGCUAGAUCAGCUUGAACUUGAUGAUUUAGAGAUGGAUGAAGACGAAAAGUACAACCGAAAGUUGGAAUCUGGACUUUACCCUCUUCAGUUAAUUGCUGUUAUUCUGGGUCAUCUUUGGACAUCUGAGCACUCUAGAAUGAGAUCAAGAAUCGAACUACUACUCAAGCAGCAAAAACUGACUAAAAAGGAUGUUAAAGAUAUUCUUCAAGAAUAUCACGACAACAUUGGUGAUCUAGAUGGUCCUGAAGAGAAGGAUAGGGCACAGACAAAAAUCCAAAAAUUCGUCGCUGCCUUUUGAUUAUCAGUUCAAGAAGCAAGGUGGUUCGAGUUCACGAAGCAAGGUGCCUGCAUGGUUUAGCUUUUGAGAUUUGUUAUUAUAUGAUCAACUUUUCAGCUCGUUGUACUAAACCCGUCUCAACUAAGAAGGAGUUUGGAGCUGGUAUGUCAGUGUUGUAGUUUAUUAGAUUCAGCACUGAUGCUUGUACACUUUGCAAUUGAUCAGUUUAGCUCAGCGCUAGCCAUUAAUUCUAGCAAAGCUUAUGAAUUUAUCAACGUUUUUCGAAUUUGCCAUCAAUUCCCAGCAAACUCUUACUGGAUGUAACAUAAUUGGGAGUAUACUGUGGAGUCACCGGUGAAGAAUUGUUGAAAUUAUUUUUCCUGUUGAAAAAUGUUUAUAGGUUCGGAAUACAAAACAUUUGCCUCACUAAACCCUUCAA